AUUCAGAAUUGCAUCCCAUUUUGCAACAAAGAUCGAUAAUGGAGCAACUUCUCUUCAGAACUCUCCCCUUCCUCCUCCUCCUAGUUUUCCUCCAUUCCUCUCAAACCCUAGCACAAGGGCCUGCUGCAGCCCCCACUACAGCCCCUGCUCCUCCAGCUCCGGUUGUAGCGCCUGCUCCACCAGCCCCCGUUGCAGCCCCCACCCCACCAGCUCCCGCUGCAGCCCCCAUCCCACCACCCCCUGUCGCAGUCCCUGCUCCACCAGUGGGCGCGCCAUCUACAGGCCCCACCGAUGUGACUAAAAUCCUCCAAAAAGCGGGGCAAUUUGUUGUCUUCAAUCGCCUCUUGAGAGCAACCUCCGAGGCAAGCCAACUCUAUGGUCAGCUGAAUAAUACAAACAAUGCCUACACAAUUUUUGCUCCCACUGAUAAUGCCUUUGCCUCUCUUAAAUCCGGAACCCUAAACAAACUCAAUGACGAAGAGAAGACUGAGCUGGUACAGUUCCAUAUCGUUCCCACGUACCUCACACCCUCCCUGUUCCAAACGGUGAGCAACCCAGUAAGCACCCAGGCCGGAGACUCGGGACCUGGUAGGUUUCAACUCAAUGUCACAACUGUAGGCACCGCAGUGAAUCUCACGAGUGGCCUUACAAAUACAAGCAUCUCCGGAACUGUAUACACUGAUGGUCAGCUGGCUAUUUAUCAAAUAGAUCAAGUGCUCCUUCCACUGGCAAUCUUCGGCCCCAAGCCACCUCACGCUCCGGCACCGGCUCCGGCUGAUCAGGGCACUAAGAAAAAGAAAUCUGAAGCGGAUAAUUCCGUUAGCAGCGCCCACGGUUUGAGUUUCGCCAUGCAAAAUGUGAUAUUCCUGGGAGUAAUUUCCACGCUGACGGCAUUUUGUUGGUGAUGACAAGGAAAAAUUAGAAAAGAAAAAUGAAAAAGAAGGUGGAUUUGAUGGUGAUGAUGAUGAGACAAUAAGGGGUGGGGUCCAAUGAUCAGUGAACGGUUGUGAUGGAAACACGGUCAGUGCUUUAAAUUAAAAUAAUUUGUCAACCCCGGCCUUGGGUGAGUCAUGAUGAUGUGUGUUGAGUCAAUAUUGAGUUCUCUUUUGGGUCUUGGAGUCUUUGUUUUGUUUUGUUUUGUUUUUUUUACCUCUUUUUCUCUUUCUUCAUUUGAAUAUUCUACGGAAUUGUGAAUUAUGUAAUGAUUUGGCAGAACUGUUAAUAAGUUUAGUGGUGAUGAUUUAUAUUGUUUUCUUAUAUAUUCUUUUUUACAAUUUGGUGUAUGUGCAAGCUGAGGUGAAUCGUGUGUGUGUGUAUAUAUAUAUAUAUGUGUGGAACGUGAGUAAUAUAUAUUUCGAUUCAAU